AGAUGGUCAAUUGAGAGUGUGAAUUGUUUCUAUUGCAUUGAGCUAUUCCAUUCAUCUGGUCCUCAUUGCUGGCUGGGGUGUUACAUCUCUGCCUCAGGUGUCCAUGUCAUGUGACCAUCACCACCUGUGUUUGUCGUCCCAUCGGACCUCCUCUGCUUCAUCCAUCCAAACACCGGCGCCAUGGUCUCCUCGGAACCCGCGAUCAAACGGUCCUCCUCAUCGCUAGCUGCGGGCCCGGACGCCCCGGAUGCGAAGCGCAUCAAACGCCCCUACCACCACCACCAUCGCCUACACACCCCGGUCAACCCGGCGCUGCCCGAGCCCGCCAUCGUCGACGCCGCCUGCAUCGACCAUGUCCUCAGACACUCCAUCGGGCAGUAUCUGGUAGAAUGCGGGUUCGAAAUCGCCGAGCCUGCAGCGCUGGACGCCUUUCGCAGAGUCACGGAGGAAUAUCUUCUGAAGUUCGCCUCGUAUGUACGCCAAUCGAUGCUGUCUAGCCGACGUGUCCAGCCCAUCCCACAAGACUUCGAACUCGCCCUGAAGAGACAGUCCGUGCCGGUCGACGACCUGAUUCUCCACCUGAAGCCUCAUCCCAACAUCGAACCUCUCCCCACCCUCCUCCCCAGUCCGCCGCCGGAAAAGGACUACUUCAAGAGCCUGCCGUCGCUCGGUCUCAGCGGUGAGGAAGACCGCGUCCGAACCGCACAUAUCCCUAAACACUUUCCUGAAUUCCCCAGCAAACACACCUACCGCCAUACCCCCGUGUUCACGGAACGAGAACAAGACCCCCGCAAGAUCCGGGAGCGGGCGACAGAGGACGGCCGGCAUGGCGAGGAGGCGCUGCGCAAGCUGGCCCGCGCUGCGUUCAAGGAUAACCAGUCUGGGUCGUCGGGACGGGACAAGAAGCAGUGGGGCAAGCGGGCGGAGAGCAUGGAUAGCAUGUUCGAGAAGACGGUGAAGGGGAUGGCAAAGAGGGUGCAGAAGGCCUCCACUGCCGUACCGGGUGCCGCCAUGGAGAUCGACGCCGGGGCCGGCGCAGACACAGAAGUCAAACCGUCGCGGUCGAAGCUCUCGUUGAGCAUCGAGCUGCCCCCGAUCGUCAACUGCGAGAGGGACUAUUGGCGCCGGCCUCCGAUGUCUGGGAGUCGGCGCACAGAAGAGACCAAACCCCCCGCCGCGAAGGCAAAGCCCGAGAUGUCGAGGGUCGAUAGCUGGACCGUCGAACUGGCCUCCGCCGCCGCACCUCUCCUUUCCUCUUCCUUCUCCCUCGCAAUCCGUAUCGGUUCCCACGCCGUCGUCUCAACCGUCAACCCCCCGGCACACCUAUCCCAAGGCCCCAGAAUAAACCCACCGUCUGAACAACCUCACAAUCGGCGUACAAUUCACCACCCCCGGCGCCGGGAUACCCGCCUGCGGCGGAUUGCACGACUCGACCGGGCCGCCUUUGCGGUGCUUCGGCUGGAAGUUCUUGCUCACCACGUUUAUGUGCUCCGGGAGGGAUUCGGCGGCGAAGACGGGGACGAGGGGCGCCAUGGCGGUUUCCUUCUGCAUGACUUGAGGGGUCUGCACCAUGGAAGUGGUCCUGGUAGCGCCUUGAGGUCCCGGCUGGGGGUGCCGGUGCUCGAUGACCUGCUAGAUGUUUUUACGUCGCCUUCCACUGCUCAGUCUGUCCUUGAAGGCGAUCUGCUCCCCUCGCAAAGGGGGGAGGGCGACGCGCAUGCAACCGCGUACACCCCGUCGGUGAUCGCCCGCGCAGAGCCAGUCGUGGAGAUUUCGAGUACGUUGUCUGCCGCUGGAAAGUCGCAUCUGCUGUAUUAUACUGCUGCAGUCGCUGUACUGCCCUCUAUAUACGACGGAUAUGAGUUGGGUGGCCGCGACUCGGCUGUGGUUUUCUUCGACACUGACGGGCGAUUCGAUGCUGAGCGGCUGCGCACUGUGCUCAGGGCAAUUGUCAUGACAAGGAUGAAUACACAGGUUGGGAACGUACCUGGAGAUUCUCUCGCUGGCGAAAACCUCGAGGAUAUGAUUCUAGCCUGUCUCCAACACGUCCACAUCUUCCGUCCGCAGUCAUCAUCCUCUCUCCUGGCUACACUCCAGCACCUAGACACAUAUCUUCUGGACCUCACCCGCCACCACUCCUCCACCCGACCCCUGCAUUCUAUCUUUAUUGACAGCGCCAAUGCCUUCUUCUGGCAGGACAAACUGGAAGACGAGAUCGCCCGCGUGGGAGACAUCGGGCGUCCGGCCGCUGACGUCGAGCGUGAGCGCCUCCAGGGACAAAGCUUCUAUAUCUUGGAUCUGUACGCCGAAUGGGCCGAGGAAUUGAAGCGGCUGCAGCGACUUUUUAGCUGUGCGGUGAUUUAUACGACUAUUGUCCAGGGAAGGUCUACAACUGCUUACAGUUCCUCUGUAUAUCAGCCUUCCGGCCCAUAUGACCUGUACACCCCCGGUCCCUCUGUACCCAGGACGCCGUCCUUCCGCGCUGCGCUCCCUGCGCCAUGGGGCACGUUCCCGACUCUAAGGAUCAUCGUCCAGCGGGAUGCGGUGCGUCCGUUUCCUUCAACCAUGACGCUACAAGAUGCCCAGCGAGCUGCGCCGCAACGACAGGAGAUCAUCAGUCGCGGCCGGUUUACCGGGUGGGUGAAUGGAUGGGGACGAGAGGAGUGGCCGCGCCGAGUGCUGGAGGGCCUAGAGGAGAUAAACGGGGGCAAAUUCUUCUUUCGCAUCGGAAGAGAAGGGGUUGACAUCGGCUGA